AUGUUAAAAGGUUUGACUGAUUUUAUUAAAGAAUUCAAUAGGGGCAAACAAAGUGAAUCUGCUUCGUCAUGUGACACAUCUUGUGACACUUCUGAGACAUCCACUUCUGAGAAAUCAGAAAUGGGCGAAUCAUCUAGUGUCAAUAGUGCAUCACCUGAGGAAGCAGAUGCAUCUCAAAAUGAAUCGACUUCUUCAUCUGAUUCGUCAUGUGACUCCACAGAGACAACUAACUGUGAAAAGUCAGAGUUUGUUGAUUCUGCCGAGUCUAGAAACGAAUCACCUGAAAUAGUUGAAUCAGAACAAACAAUAGUAGAAUCUGAGCCACCUGUUCCAUCUGACUCCAAAUGUGAAUCACCUGAAGCAACAGAUUCUGAGAAAUUGGAAUCAGUUGAAUCUAGUGAAUCCAGUUGUGAGUCUUCUGAAGUAGCUGACUCAGCAGCAGAGGAUUCAGCAGAGCCACUACAAAAGGAAUGUAACUCAGGUGGUUCAGCUGAAUCAACCAGCGAAACAGUGACUGAGCCCACAACAUCUGAAGUUGGAAUAACAUGGCCAGUCCCUGAUUUUAAAUGUGUGAACGUUACUGAUGCCUCUACUUCAUGUGCAGACAAAGUAACUAUUGAGGAUUGGGUUGAGGGGGAUGAUGUUGUUUGUCAAAGAGCUGAUGAUGUCUGUCCAAAAACAUCAAAUCUGUCUGCUGAUGCUCCUCCUUAUGUGAGAAAGGAUGCUUCUGAGCCAGCUUUGAGAGGCCCUUCAAAUAAAUAUGUGUCUCCAAAGCCAACAGUUAAAAAUGAAAAUUCUAAAUCUAGUGAAUGUACUAACUGUUGUAAACAGAGACAGAUGAAGCAGGGCAAAAAGGCUGAGAAGGCUGCAAACAAAUCAUCCAACAAAUCUUAUAACUCAUACUCAACAUCAGUUGGAUGGAAUGGAUCGGGAUAUGCCCCUUAUGUAAAGAAGCAGACUUGCUACAACUGCGGCAUACCCGGUCACAUUGCUAGGAAUUGCACACAUCGUCCCUACGUGCCAUACUAUACACAACAUCAGAAGGUUACACAAAGGGAUAGAUCUUAUUCUAAGCCGAUGAAGGUUGAAAAGCCUAAGGCGAUGAUGAAUAGGAGUCCCAAGGUUAAACCAUCUGAUGGGGACUGGAAUGCUGCCAAAGCUAAACGAAAACAAGCUUUGAAACCUAAACAAAUAUUGAAAAAUAAUAAGGUUGAAAAGCAAACUGUUUUGCCCAAGGCCCCUAAGAAAUUAGAAAAGCCUAAACAAGUUUGGAAGGCAAAACAAAAGGCAGCAACAUCACCAGUCCUUGAAUCAAAAGGGACCAUGGGCUUUAGAGAAGUGUCUUACGUUGAUGCUUCAGUUAUACCCAGGACCACGAUGGCCUGGGUACCAAUGUCUUACUAA